AUGGCGUAUGUCCCCCUGGCUCUCUCCCUCCUUGCGGGGCUCCUGUCUCCGGCUUACUGCUCUACCCAGAUUGGUACAGCUAAAGUGUGCAAGAACGCCCCCUUCAUCCCAAGAUACAACUUGAUAGGCAAGGGAUAUGACAUCGUCACCCUGAAGAGGAAAGGGGCUUACCUGAUUGACAUCACCACCUACAUGACCCCAAAAGGCACCUGCAAACUGAUCAAAAACCCUCUCCACGGAAACCAACUGCAGAAGCUGCCACUCGCUGCAAAAGAUUUACAAGCUUUUACUCGCUGUAAUUCCUAUGUCUACCAGUCUAUGGAGUCUUCAGUCAGUAAAGUGGUCAGUACCAUUGCUUACCAAGACAGCAGUGACUGGAAGACUAUGGAGACUUGGAGGUGGGAGGGACACGCUCUGAUGCAUACAACUUUGUAUCAACAAGAGCUAAAGAAGACAAUUUUACUUUUAGUAUCCACCGCUCCUCUUGUAGGCACUACAGGUAGGAUAUGUGUGUGCAGAUACCGGGUGUCCAGUACUCCUCCUCUGAGCUCUGAGUUUCGAAAGGACGUGUCCCUGCUGCCCUCCUCAUACAACUCCUUCACCAAGGCCCAGUACAGACGCCUUAUCAGCACCUAUGGCACACACUACAUCCGACAGGCAUAUUUGGGUGGACGAUUCCGACGUGUGACGGCUGUGCGAACCUGUUUGUCCUCCCUCAACGGCUUUUCCUCUUCUGAGGCACAUAGCUGUCUCUCUCUGGGCAUAAACCUGGGCCUGGGCAAGUACGAUGCAUCUGGGACUGUAAACUACAAGAGCUGCCAGAACCUGCUUCAGAACAAGGAUGUGGCCACCUCGUCCAGCACGGGCCUGCACCUGCACCACACAGAGGUGGUGGGAGGCACGGGCUGGGACGGAGACUUCUCCCUGCUCUUCAACAACUCGCAGAGGUACAACGCGUGGCUACAGUCGCUCAAAGACCACCCCGACAUAGUGCAGUACUCGCUCCGACUCAUGUCCGACCUGGUGCCAGACUUAAAGAAGAGACCACAUGUGAACGCCGCCAUUGUAGACUACCUGAAGGAAAACGGCAUCAGUAAAAAAGACGAGAAACCGUGUGGAGUGAACUGUUGUCCCAAAAGGGCGUGGAGUGGAGGAAAACUCAAGACACUAAAAAGGGCGUGGAGUGGUCUGCUCACGGUGACUAUAGUCCGGGCCUGGGGACUUAAAGGAGACUUCAUUGGUAAAACUGAGAGUUAUGCCAAGAUGUGGUAUGGACCGCACUACCGCCGGACUCGAGUCAUCAGGUCCAAUUACCCAAGAUGGAAUGCACGCUACGAUCUGGGCAUGGUGGACACUCACGCUGUCCUGAAGAUCGAGGUGUGGGAUAAGGACUGGGGGAGGGAUGACCGCUUGGGCUCCUGCAAGCGCUAUCCCAUCCAGGGCACCCACACCUUCACCUGCAACGCCAAGAGGGGAGGGGUAGAGGUGCGCUACACGCUAACCUGCAACCAGCAUCUGACCGGGUCACGCUGUAAUAAGUACAAACCCACUCCACACACAUAA